AUGAGAAAUGCGUCUCUAAUUCUCUCAUUUGCAGCCUUGUGUCCGUAUAUUGGUGCCUGGGCACCAGGUCUACACAGACUCAGCCUGCAACACAGCUCUCGUCGUUUUCCAUCAACAGCAGUACUUCUAGAAGCACUCCCAAGUGGUUACGAAGACAUUGGAACGCAAAUCAUCCAGGAAGCGGGAGCUUCUUGUGGUAUGAAGAGUCUAGAAGAUUUGGAUAUUGAAUGGAAGGCUGGGCGAGUCAUUGUGACUGUUCGUGGAAAGGUGUAUGUCUCCAACCCUGAUAAAUCUGCAGAAUCGGAUGAGGAAGGAGAAGAGGACUAUGAAGAGGUGAUUCCUGAGGCGGUAUCAGGUGUCGAUAUUACGCAACUUGCUCGAGCAAUCAACUUUGCAAUGGGAGAAAAUGAAAUUGGAAAUGCGAUUGCCGAGACACAUGAGAUUGAAGUGACAACUCCUGGAGCAUCAGAUGAACUCUCGGGAAUCAUGUUUGAGGCUUACAAGGGAUUUGAUGUGAUUUGUCGGUUCGAAGAUCCCAAGAAAAAGAUGGUUACAGAGAUUGCCGGAAGGUUGCACGAUCGAACGGACGAGACAACUGUCAUUAAUAUAAAAGGUCGAAUGAAAACCAUACAGAAUGAAUCGAUAGAAUCAAUAAAGCUCCCAAAAGCAAAGAAAGAAAAGGGUGUCAAGUAG